AUGGUUCAUCCUCUCCACGGUCUCUCGCAAGCGAUCCAUCAAGACCAUCUCUCACCACCUUGCAAAUUCUUCCUGUACUCUACAAUCGUCCCCCAUAGCAUCGAUACGCUAGGGGAAGUAUGGGAGGUUCGGCUCUAUGCUACGGUAGGCGGUGAGCUGGAGUUGUGGGUGUCCACCAUCGGUAUGAACGAGUUGCCAGCAGAAGGUAAUGUGCUGGCGGAAGCGAUCAAGGGCGGUAUGCUGCAUGUCGUUCUGAAGGGAAAGCAGGGCUUGCAGAAGGAGACCAAGCUUGAGCUUCAAUUCUUGCGCGCAGAAGAGCAGCCAAUCACUAUCAGACUGGAGCCGGAAGAAGACGAGUCUGGCGGGACAGAACUCCUCGAAGCCGCAUUCUCUUUACUCAACUGGAAGCCGACAGGAGGAGGAUCCUCUGACAAAGCUGAGCUGAGGAGCCUCCGAAACCAGAUCGCUAAGAAGGAUGCGGAAAUCUCAGAGCUGCAGACCAAGGUGAUCUCGCUCAAGUCUACGGUGCUGAGAGCUGCUACGGAGGAGAACAAGAAGAAAGCGCUGGUAAGCCCCAAGAAGCCAGUCGGCGCCAGUACACUGCAGCCGAACGCUAAGCGGCGGAAAGCGGUUGCUGACGAGUUCGCCGGUAGCGAUAGCGACUGA